GUCACGUAAGUCUUCACUGAGUAAACGACGAACAUCACAGAUAUGGGCUCGUUAGAUGAUAGUCACGUAGGGGAUGCACCAGGAAGACGAAAAUGGUUUAGUCUAAAGCGUGGACCAAGCGGAAAGAAGAAACUUAUCAAAAAUAUUCUUGAGAAACAAGAGGUCCUCAGUAGUAAAAUAACAUCGCUCACAGAUGACAGAAAAGGUGUACUCGAGGAGCUCGGUGUUACAAAUAAAUGCAUAGCUGAUUUGACAAGAAAUAUCGCUGAUCUUGUUUCUAUAAGCGAUUUUAGAAAAGAAUUCGACGAGGAUUUGAAGCGGCAGCUUAGUGAUGGACGAAAAGAACAAACUGCACUGGCAGAUGAACUAAAACAGACGUACAAAGAAAAACAGACCGUCGAGCUAGAACUAUGCAAGUUUCAAGCUCACACUCAGAAAAUGACAUCGGAUUUAGAGCAAGCAAAUAGAAAACUAGACAGAGCCGAAGAUCUACUGAUUAAGUCUAAGAACAACAUUAACAACAUGAAGGAUGGAAAAAUGGAUUUACAUCUAGAGAUACAGAGACAAGAAGAUGUCAUCCGAGAAUUAUCUGUCGACGUGCAACUAUUAAAGGAAAAAAUAACUGGUCUUCAAGGUGAAAUUGAAGAUGGAGAAAACAGGAUCGAGAAUAUGAAAGAAGAACGGGCACAUCUUUUGGAACAUAUACGAUAUAAAUCACAAGUAUACGAAGACAAACUCAAGAUCUGCUUUUUACAUAUUAAUGGUCUAAAGAAGGAAAGGGAUCAAAUUAAAGAUAAAGAACCUAGUGGAAAAUUGUCUAUCACUGCAGCACCACAGCAACCAACGAUGUUAAACAAUGGAACCUUUCCUAAAGCAAAUAAUGUUACUGACUGGGACAAACGCGAGCUCGAGCACCAGAAGACGAAAGUCUUACAAUUAGAACUUCAGCUGUAUCGCCGAGACAAACUGAUAGAGAAGCUGGUAGACAAAGUAAAACAACACGACAAGUCAUUUAGUUUGGGACAGGAUAUCAGUAUGGUAGCAUACCUAGAUGAGAACUGGUCAGCAGUUAUAAUUCCAGACAUCGAUACUGAACCAAGUACAUCACCUUCAAAUACAACAACGGCCUCAGAUACAACAACAGUUACGUCACAGUUUUGCAGUUAUACCUCUUCAAUGAGUGAUAUGUUUGAAUCUUCAUGAUUUUUAUAAUAAAUUUG